GUUUACUUCAGUUUACAAGAGAAGCGUGUGUUUACUUGUGCACAGUUACAGUCAAGUUAACAUAUACUGAAGCAGAGCAGCAGCAUGGGAGAGAUCUGAAGCGGAGUUUUCCAUCCUACGUCAAAGUGACAUUAAAGUGCAGCUCCAGAUCUGAUCCACGGCCCUCAUCGACCCCACGGGUCACUGCCCCCCAAAUUUGAACACAGUUGCUUUUGAACUCCCAGCGGUUCCGACAUAAACAACAACUUCUACUCUGCAGACUUGGGUUACACUCCUCCAUCAGAUGGCGUUCUGCCUGGCUGAGCUGCACUUGUGGUCCACCAAGAGCUCGCUCCAAGUUAAAGAUACAGAUAUUGGCACCUAUCAGUACUAUGAUAAAGGAGAGCCAGCCACUUCCACAGAGCAUCACUACUACAAUGAGAAACUCCGGUUUUGUGAUGCUCGAGGCUAUCCAUGGACCCCCAGAAACCAACGACCAGAGAAGCUACGCGAUUCGCUGAGGGAGUUGGAGGAGCUGCUGCAGACCAACACCUGUGUUCACACCAGAUGGCGAAACAAGCAUUGCUGCCAGCUGAUUCUACACAGUGGAGUUUUGGUGACUUUGACCCUAAAUGGACCUCAACUUGAACAAGUGUGCAUAGACCGCACAUUAGUGGGCCGACUACCUGCCAACACCGUCACUGAUGCGGUGCUGAGCGAGAGGCUGAUUCUGCUGUCCUUCCUGGAGCAGAGCCAAGUGGCUGCAGUUUACCUCAACAGAAAGAACCAGGACUCUGCAGACGGUGGCAGGCGAACAGACAAACUCUCACCCUCUGAAAUCAAGGUGUUGUGUGUGGAGUUGAGCGCGCAGGGUCGCAGGCUUCACAGACACGUGGCUCUCAACCGUCUCCAGGAUGUGGCGCUCUGCUGGUGGAACCUGGACGAGCCUGGUGAUGAGCUGUGGCCCUGGACUCCCACAGACGCACACAGGAACAACCUGGUCCUCCUCAGCUGCUCACCUACUGAAGGCCUCAAGGUUCUUAGCUCCGUCCGGACAGAAGGCCACCCGCUGGACUGCCGUUUCAGCCUACUUCAACCCUACCAGCUGCUAACACUGGAGCUACCAGCAAGACCCCCAGGAUCCGGAGAAGGAUCAUCGGCCGACAACUGUGUGUAUGAAUGUGCACGAGGGCGCCUGCACCGUGUGUCUGUCACCCGCAUCCCACUACCAGCGCCGCCCAUUACCUGCACACAUCACCCCUCUGAAACCAUGCUCCUCCUGGGCUUAAGUGACUCCUCCUUGGUUCUGUACGACCAGCGACGAGGGGUCAGUGUCCUGGCCUCCUGCCCAGUGUCACCCAACCUCCUUGCCUGGCACCCUGCUGGAGCUGUGGCCAUGGUGGGGGGAGGGCAGGGAGAGCUGAUGUGCUUUGAUGCGGGCCUGGCACCUUUGAACAUGGCACUGGUAGCAGAGGAGGUAGCUGCCACCGACACACUGAGACUAGCUCAGCACCUGCGUUACUCAGGAGGCCUGCGAGGUCUACAGUGGGCGACAGGCCUGGAAGGAGGUGCGGAGGGGACAGAUAUGCUGAUGCUGGCCUUUCAUGGAGGACCACUCGCUGUCUUGAGAUUCAGACUAGGAGCUCUGACAGGAGGUCAGAUGGGUCCUGGGGAGCUGCUGCAGCAGCGGCUGCUCUGUGGACAGGUCAGAGAAGCUCUGGGUAUCCUGGAGUCCAUGGACUGGAGCAUCAUGGGAGACGAAUGCCACCGAGGCCUGAGCUCCAUCACCAACUACCUGCUGAGGCUGGAGCUGAACGCAGAGAGAGAGGCCCAACUAGAAGCAGCUCUGGGUGUGUUUUAUUCUCCGCCGGCUCCCCUCUCUGAUACGGUGAUACUGGAGUACAGGGAGCCAAUCAGUACAUAUGGCCGCCGCUUUUUUCACCACCUUCUCAGACACCAGCGCUUUGAGAAGGCCUUCCUCCUCGCUGUGGAUCUGGAAGCCAGAGAUUUGUUCAUGGACCUCCAUUAUGUUGCCAGUGAUAAGGGCGAGGUGGUGCUAGCGGAUGUGGCCAAAAGGAAAGCUAAUGAAAUGGAGGCCCGGGCCAUCGCAGGCAACGAUCCCAGAGGCAGAAAUGAUGUGUGUGGUUCCAGCCUCAGCGACAGACGGACAGAGAGGAACCAAAGUGCAGUGGGACCUUUGUACCCGGACAUUUCCACAACACACGUGGAUGGAAGAUCCAGUCAGAGGAGAAUACAAACCGAGCGCCUUCAUGUGACCGUGAGCCCACACGUGUUCAGGACACUGAGACAAACAGGAAACACUGAAGGUGACAGAGGCAGCGUGAACGGAGAAGACGACGCUGGGACGCUUCAUGUGGUUCAUUUAGGAAUGGUUUGAGGAAACAGACCUGGAGACGUGUGUGUGCAUUAGUGUGUGUUGGCCGAGAUUACGGGCCACAGUUUUAUUCAUGAAUAGGAGCCAACCAGGGACUUUAAAGCAUCGCACGGAGCCUGUUUCCUGAACAGCAGCCAUGGCCGUGUCAGAGCUGUCGACGCGCUGCGCUCACCGACUAAUCUGACAGCGCCGCACGAGCCCUAAUCCCUCACUGUAUCGUAAUCUAUUUACUUUGCAUUCUAAGAGGAUUUCCACCAAAAAAAUAUACAAGAAGCGAUGUUGGAAAUGGACAGAAGAUGUGCGAGGAUGCUUUUCUGCUCCUUUUCUGUUUGUUUUGUUAGCUUUCAAAAAAACACACACACCACUGUAUGUUUUUUGGGGAGUCAAUCCCCUGCGAGAGGGUAGGGUGAAAGGAAUUCCAUUUCUGACUGAUACUAAUACUUCUCUUAUGUAAACAUCAAAAUGUUAUAUUUCCCCUCUGAUGAUACAGUCACACUGCAGAGGCUGCUGCAGAUAAGUGGCAUCUGUCGUUUCCCUUUAGAGCAUCUCUUGACACGUUUAUAAUUUACAGACCAAGGCUGCAUUAUCUCCUGAUUGUUUGAUUUGACAGCUUGAAUAAAAGCAGCAAAAAUUGCUUAACAGGCGAGCACUAAGUCCUCGCAUCUCUCUGAUGGCCCUACACAGUGGCCCCUUUUUUUUUUAUGAGAAAACAGUGAAAUCUCCUCUUUCAUAAGACACAAAACAAACCAAACGCUCUCCUCACUUACCCUUUAAGCAAUUAUGUCAGCUUUGUUGAAUGAUAAAUACUUAUGCUUCAUUGUAAAACACUGCCUCGCGUUCAGGUCUUUGCCGUCCGAGAUGACUCGCAGAGAUCGGCUUAUUAGUGGUAUUAACAUACUGUGCAGCGUGCUGGAGCUGUGAAAUGGCCUUGUUAACAUGUGGAAAUGAAUCAAGCCUCCAGCACUUGCUAUUAUCCAGGUUAUCUCUCUUUUUUUCCCCUCUGUGCAACAGCUGUGCAGUGUGUCUGUAGCGGUUUUAUCCCGGCUAAUGAUGUGGGAUCUCUGAUUGGACUGAUAAUGUUUCUCCCUCCGGGGCCCAGUAGUGUGUUUGUUUCACAGUCUGAAACAUUAUAGACAAACAUGUCAAAAACUUUAGAGAGUAAAUAAAUGUCUAACCACCGCUGACGGUGAUUUGACAGAUCAGAAAUGACAGUGGAGUUCUAAUCUUUCAAUCUGUCACAUGUCUGUGAAUGAGAUGUACUUUGCAUAAGGACCACAAUAAAGGAAAGUGGCUUAAUAACAUUGCAACAUAAUAAUCUGCACUGGAAAUCUGUGUUUAAAACAUAAAUAAUAAAAUGUGGAUACAAGAACAACCUGUUUUUUGCCUCACGUGAAGGUC